GUCAAGUCCAUAUUUCGUUUUCGCCGUUCCAUCAAAAAAAUAAAAUAAAAAAAGAAAUGAAGGAGUCUCAUUUCUGUCCAGCUAUUUCUCAAUCCGACUCCUAUCGGAAAUUUUCAGCCGUAAAUAAUUUAUCGGUUCAAAAUUAAUGAGUUCAACGAGAUUUUUGAAGUUCAGGGUUCAUGGCUCACUCUUAAUUUCGAUAUAAGAGUCAUUCCAGUUCGAUUGCCGGGGCCAUUGGAAAAAAAAUGUUAGGAUGAUAUCUCAAACGCACAUGCCAUUUAAGGAAGGAUCCUUAAAGCAGUUUGAUCAUUGAUUUAGUAUUAUUUCUCCACCAUUUUUCACCAAAAUCCACCGGCGGCCAGACUAAAGUCUCCGACCAAGAUGACAUUUGCAAGAUUGUAUAGCCACGUCUGAGACGCCUGACUGAUGUAUUUUAAUUUUUAGUAAUAAUUAAAUCCUCUUGUUAUUACGUGGCCAAUUUCUCUUGCUAUCUCUGUCUUCUCUGCCUGCCCAAUCUAUUUUUAACCGCGAGAAAAAUAAAUAUAUUUGCAGGUCAAAUUCCAGUUUUGCCAUUCCAAAAUCCUCUUUUCAAUUCUCUCUGAUUUCUUCCUUUGAUUCCAGUAUUUUCUCAGUCGAAAUCCUGUUGAAAUUCUUCAGUUUUCCGGUGGGGUUUCUGAAUAGUUAAAAGAAAAACUUUUUGUUAGUGCUGAAUCGAGGGUUUAUGUUUUGAUUUUAUUGGAUUUUUUUUUUUUUUUUGAAGAAUUUUCAUUUGUACUAGUUGAGGAUUGUCUGGAAGAAAUGAAAUUGAAGAGAUUGUGACAAAAGGAAGAAAAAAAAUGGUGACAAGGAAGCUUGGUAAAUAUGAGCUAGGAAGAACAAUUGGGGAAGGAACUUUUGCCAAGGUUAAGUUUGCUAAGAAUACAGAAACUGGAGAAAAUGUUGCUAUUAAAGUUAUGUCUAAAGCUACUAUUCUCAGACAUAAGAUGGUGGAUCAGAUCAAGAGAGAAAUUUCCAUAAUGAAGAUUGUGAGGCACCCGAAUAUAGUUAGAUUGCAUGAGGUGUUGUCUAGCCGGACAAAGAUAUAUAUCGUUUUGGAGUUUGUCACCGGAGGAGAACUAUUUGAUAAAAUUGUUCACCAAGGAAAAAUCAAGGAAAAUGAGUCCCGGCGAUAUUUUCAGCAACUUAUAGAUGCAGUAGAUUAUUGUCACAGGAAGGGAGUCUAUCACAGGGAUUUGAAGCCUGAGAAUCUUCUUCUUGAUUGUCAUGGUAAAUUGAAAGUUUCUGACUUUGGGCUAAGUGCACUACCCGAACGAGGAAUUCUUCUUCAUACAACAUGUGGUACCCCUAAUUAUGUUGCACCUGAGGUUCUUAGUCACCAAGGUUAUGAUGGUUCCAGUGCUGAUGUGUGGUCGUGUGGUGUUAUCCUUUAUGUCAUAAUGGCAGGAUACCUUCCGUUUGAUGAGACAGACCUUCCUGCACUAUACAAAAAAAUUAAUGUAGCAGAGUUCUCGUGUCCAAUUUGGUUCUCUCCUGGGGCGAAGGCAUUGAUACUAAAGAUACUUAACCCCAACCCCAAAACACGAAUAUCCAUCGAGGGGAUAAAACGUGAUCCAUGGUUCAGGCAAAGUUAUGUGCCUGUUAGAUAUGGCAACGAGGAGAAAGUCAGUCUGGAUGAUGUUUGUGCUGUCUUCAAUGACAUUGAGGACCAAUAUGUAUCUGAGAGGACGGGUAAUGAUCAAGGCCCUUUGAUUAUGAAUGCGUUUGAGAUGAUCACGCUUUCUCAAGGACUGAACCUAUCAGCUCUCUUUGACCGGAGACAGGACUAUGUAAAAAGACAGACCCGCUUUGUCUCUCGCAAACCAGCGAAUGACAUCAUUUUAGCUAUUGAAGCUGUUGCUGCGUCCUUGCACCUCAGUGUCCAUUCUCGUAACUAUAAGAUGAGACUGGAAGGUUUAUCUGCUAAUAAGAUCGGGCGGUUUGCUGUUGCCUUGGAGAUGUUCGAAAAGCCUCCGGAGAUACUCUUGAAUAUCACAAGUUCUACAAGAAUUUGUGCUCGAAACUUGAGCAUAUAAUUUGGAAACCAACAGAAGAUAGUGCACCAUCUGGAUUGCUGAAAUCAAUGACUUGCUGACCCAAUCCAAAAGGGUGUGAUGCAAAUCCAAAAAGCAGACAAGCUAAUUCUUCGUAGGACCUAAAUAGCCAACUGUUUGAUCAUCUUUGCGGAAAGCCUUCUCCCCUGUAAUGUUGUACAAUUUACACUAACGGUAAAUAAAGGGAAUGCAAAUAAUUGAGUUUAGUUUAUGGGUUUUAGUUUUUGUUUUGUUGUAAGUGUAGCAAUGAUGCGGUUCGUCGUUAAGUUUGCAGAAGUACGAGUUAAGAAUCCCAAAGUUUUGACCUUGUAUAAAAAUAAAUACUCAAGUUGAUUUUAUA